AUGUGGUACGGUGUUUUGUCACCUCCGGCUACUCCAUUAGUUAAGGACUCCAAUGGGACGGAGUUAACUGAUUCUGGAGCGGCUAAUUUCAAGCUGGUCAUUCAAAGGCGAAUUUGGGAGACCCAGAUCAGCGUCACGCAAAACACCGUCUGCCAUUUUCCACUUUGCUACACCAAUUGCCACGAGGAAUGUUCGGGCGGCUUCACCCUUGGCCGUUGGAAACUAAUUGAAUGCCGCAGAUUAGCCAAUAAUCGUGGUAUUUGCAAAGAGUGCCGCCACCCCAUCACGUAUCAUCAACAUGACAAGGUCGCCUGGUGUGAGAAGGUGGAAGAGAAAAAUUGUAUUGACAACGAGACGGCCACGGUUUCAAUUGCCCAAGUCCUGGAGACCAUCGAGACUUACAAAAAGGAGAUCGAAGAGGGAACUGUGGGUAUUGGCCGUCUCGCUGAGCAGUAUUCCGAGCUCUCGCUUUCUGGAUCCUUCUCUGGUCAAGUCGGGAAGUCGGUGACGCUCUUCGAGACACACCUGGAAAACAUGAGAAACAAAUCGGACCCGGAGAGCGUCAAACGUAUAGAAGAGAGCUUGAAUCAGCUCAAGAACAAGCUCCGCCUGCUUCAGGACGCAGCAAAAGCGGCGCAUAAGAAGGUGUACAGGCCAACUAUCGCGGAUUAA